CUGGCUUGGGCUCCACCAGGGCUGCCCAGGCUACAGUACAGUGGCUGAGAUCCCUCUGACUGAGUGUUGUGGGUUUGCAGAACUGCUGUGGUCCUGUGGGGUGUGAUGUUCUCCGAUGUCGAGACUUCAAAGCUGGUGAUGAACGAGCUGAUCCGUGUGCUGGACAACUGGCCCCAGCACGAGACGUCCACCGCCGAUGGAAACAACGUGGUUGUCUGUUCCCUGGCGGCAACCAGGGCGCUGCAGGAGAUCCUCAACAUGGAUACGUGCAAAGUGGCAGUGAAGAAGCGUUUCCCACAUCUCUUCCUGGCUGUGCUCUUCCAAAUUUCCUUCAGCACACAGGACAUGCCAGACGACGUCCAAGACUUCUGGGAGCAAUGCACGCGUGAGGACAAGCAGCGCCACGAGUACAACAGAUUUGCAGCGUACAUACUGGCCAAACUGCUCAUCCAUGUGGACUGCUUAGAGCAGCUGUCGGCCUUCGAGAGGGGGAAAGGCUGGGAUAUACUUCUCAGCCCUCACGUCCACCACUUGGGGCUGACUCUACUGGCUGGGUGA